AUGCCACGUAAGCUACGUAAGAAUAUACGUAAGAGGAAGGGAGCAUUGAAACAUCCAAUAGUAAAACUGACACCACAACAACAGUUGCAACAACAAAUGAUGAAUGACCCCACUAUGUUGCAACAAAUGUCAAGCAACCCUAUGCUUUUAAACCGAGUUAUUGGUGCACAGAGUGGAGGUUUAAGAGCGGCACUUUUAGCGAAAAUGGCAGGCUAUGGUGGAGCUGCAGACGGAACAGCUUAUAACCCUCAAAGUCAAAUGAAUUUGAGUUCACUCAAAAAUCAAAUAACAGAUGUCAAAAAGUCAAACAUAGACAUACAGAAACAAAUAAGUGAAAACGAAAAGAAACUAGAAUAUGACAGACAGACAAAGAAACUAAAUGAGUUAAACGUAGAGAAAAAGAAGAAAGAAGAACAACUGAAAGAACUAAGUACAGAGGAAUAUGCGAAAAAAGUGUCAGAAAAAGCAGCAGAAGUAGCAAAAAUGGAACAAGAUGUUAUAAAUUUGAAAAACCAUACUACUCAAUAUAAA